UGCCCGCGGGGCACGGGAGCCGGUGACGGGAGCGAGGCGGAGUCUGGAGGGAAGAUACGGAGAGAUAGAGAUUUAAAUCACAUCCCCGGCUGUAGAAGGGGCAGCAGCAGCAGCAGCCCCGGCGCAGAGGCACGGACGCACGCGCCGAGACAGGUCUGCCGGCUCCGCCGCUGCUGCUGCUGCUCACCAUGGGUGCCGCCGCCGCCGAGCCCCCCAGCGCCAUGGGCCUGGUGUCCAGCGUGGUGAACGACACCCUCGAGUUCUACCGCUGGACUUGGAGCAUCCGAGACAAACGUGUUGAUGACUGGCCCUUGAUGCAGUCUCCAUUUCCAACACUGACUAUAAGCACUAUUUAUCUCCUCACUGUCUGGCUGGGCCCCAAAUGGAUGAAGACGAGAGAGCCCUUCCAGUUACGCUUCCUGUUGGUUGUUUACAACUUUGGAAUGGUUCUGCUCAACUUCUUCAUUUUCAAAGAGUUGUUCUUGUCAUCAAGAGCUCGAGGGUACAGCUAUGUCUGCCAGACUGUGGAUUAUUCAGAUAAUGUUUAUGAAGUUAGGAUAGCUGCUGCUUUAUGGUGGUAUUAUGUCUCUAAAGGAAUUGAAUAUUUGGAUACAGUAUUCUUCAUCCUGAGGAAGAAAUUUAACCAAAUUAGUUUCCUUCAUGUUUAUCACCAUUUCACCAUGUUCACCUUGUGGUGGAUUGGUAUUAAGUGGGUUGCAGGUGGACAAGCUUUUUUUGGAGCUCAAAUGAAUGCAUUUAUUCAUGUCAUUAUGUACAUGUAUUAUGGAUUAGCAGCUUGCGGCCCUAAAUUUCAGAAAUACCUUUGGUGGAAACGAUAUUUGACCAUAUUGCAAUUGGUGCAGUUCCAUGUGACUAUUGGCCACACAGCCUUGUCUAUUUAUAUUGAUUGUCCUUUCCCUAAAUGGAUGCACUGGGGUGUCAUUUUCUAUGCUGUCACCUUCAUUUUCCUGUUUGGUAACUUCUACUAUCGGACAUAUAAGCUGCCCAAGGAACCUGUAAAGAAUGGCAAAAUAGCAAAUGGUGCUGUUGCAAAUGGAGUAAGCAAACCAGAAAAUAAUGCGGUGGUGGAAAAUGGAAAAAAGCAGAAAAAGGGAAAAGCAAAAGGAGAGUAACUUGAUCCAGGCCUUAACCAUUGUUGGCAGUGAGGAACCUCCAGUUUGGUUUAUAAAAGGAAGAAAAAAACACUAUCUGUACCAAUUAACCUUAGGUUACUGAAGAGCUAGAACACAGAUAUUUUCAUUAUUUAUGAAGAUUGUUUUAAGAACAACACUAAAGUUGAAUUUCUAUUGUAAUUAUGUAAUUAUCAUGCAUAUGGUCUCUGUGUAAACUUGUAGACUGCUGGUGUUGGUGAAUGUAAGGAAGAAUUGCAGUCGAUUCCAUGUUUAGCAGUCCAGAAGUUAAUACUACCAUUGAUACAGGCAGUUAAUACUACCAUUGAUACAGGCACCCACAUUUCUUGGGGCGGGGUGGAGGGGUAGGCGGGAGGGAGGGGAAGGAAGUAGCAUUUGAAUACUUGUGCUUUCUUUCCAGAAAAUUAUUAAAUUUCAAAUUAUGACGUAUUAGCUAACCAGAAUGCGCAACUUUUCUUGUCCUCCUUGGAGAAUACCUUCAGACAAAAUAUGUGCUGUCGGAACAGUGUUUGACUUUUCAGACAUUACUUGAUUUAAUUGAGUAUCUGUUACAGUUUGGUUUUUGUUUUAUUUUUUUUUUCUUGUGUGGAAAUAUACCUACCUCUUCAUCUGCUGAAAAGAAUAUUGAGCAUUAAAUAACUGGUUUCUGAAAUAUGGAGUCCUCUAAUCUAAAUAUCUGUUAAUACUAAUUCAGGAGAACGUGUAUUUCCCUGUGAGAGCAAAAGGGAUUUUUGGUGGUAUCCUUUGAUCAAAUCAUCAUUUUAAUGGAAACUGAAAUUUUGGAGUGGUACUUUUAGUAGAGCCAAGUCAAGAAUAUGUUUUAAGAAUGUAUAAAUAUGAACGAAUAUAUUGGUUGAAGCAAGCAGUAAAAACAGGCUUGUUAUCCAUGACCUGCAUUGAAUCUGUGGUGCUGACUGAUACUCAAAAUGGUAAGAUAAUGCUAUGGUGGAGAGAAAACAGCAUGUAAUUCCAUUUAGAAAUGCGUGCAUGGGUAGUCAUGCUAACUACAAGACCAGCCAUGACUUUAUUGGGAGAGUACAGCAGACAUAAAACGUUGGAAAUGUUGCUAUUGCUUGAUACUUGUCAAAACUUUAUUUGUUAGACAUUUGCAGACAAAGUAUUGCUGAUAGACAGGCCACCAUUAUAUCUUAAAACUGCUAAAGUAAGCAGAAACUUUUAGAUGGAUUUUCAUUUACAUGUUACAUAAAGGCCUUUUUACCAUUCCUUUUGUAAAGAAAGUAUGGAAAGAUUUAUACUCCUUCUGAAUAAUGUGAUUAUUAAGAGAUACAUUUUGAGCUGCUUAGCAUGCAAUGAGUAGAAGAUGGGUGGAAUUAGAAACUAUAUCCUGAAUUACUUUGUUCCUUGGCCAUCACUGCAAGAGUUGCAUUAUAUAUUCAUCAAGUGGCACCAUUGAUGGAGAAAGACUACACGGAACUGUGAGUGACAUGUUUAAUAGAUUUUUUGCAUCUCAAUCACCCAUUGACUGUUUAUAAUAUUCAAGCAGGUCACAAAUUCUGUGUCUCAGAGUCUUGUCUCUAUUAAAAAAAAAAUACAUAUAUAUAUAUAAACCCAGAAAACAGGUCCUAGAAAAAAGAGUUUUGGAUAUAGUCUGUCAUUAAAAAAUAGUUCCUAAUGCUGGAGUUGGUUCAGCUGGAAGGUGGUUCAUCCCGAAUCACCACCAUUGUGGAUUUUUGGGCAGAAUAUAGAAUCGUGAAAAACUGUUUCUGCUGAACUCAAAUGCAUGUGACCAUUAAGUUUCUUAUCUGCUGUGUCUUCUGAUUCUUCCAGCCUUUGUAAUGAUGCUUUUUGCAUUUGCAUAACUGCGUAUUUAUGUAGUGUGGCAUGGAGAAGAGGGAUGGUGAUCUACCCUUCCUUCUUGGACAAAUGCCACUACCUUUAACCAAGCCAAAAUGCUGGCUGACUCAGUAAAUUUGGAAUGGCUGAAGGAGUAAAUAACUACAAAGCAGAUUUACAGCACACCUGCUACCCCAAGGUAGUGAGUGGUGUGAAUAGAGUUACCCUGCUGUAAUUUCAAGGUCGUUCACCCCACUUUGAUUGAAGGGUGGCUUCAUUCUAUUUGCCACGGGAUGUGGGCAGCCAUCUUCUAAAUCUGUAUAAUUCCUUGAAUUGUGUUAAAUUGGGCGUUUGCUCUGUCAUUCAUUCGGUAAGCCAGAUUAGCUAAACUGAUACUCUUAAUGUGAUCUAGCUCUGAAACAGCAUACAGGGGAGUGUUCCAGUACAGGUUCAAUUGUGUCUUUGCUCCACUUUCUGAGUUAAGAAUUAUGUCUUGCAUGAUGGUAAAUAUUUAAAUAACUGAAAGUCAAAGUUUUUUCCCCCUCAUCAUGCAUGGAAGUGGAUUAAAGUUGAUUGCAGCUUGAACCUUGUUGACAGAACUUGAGUAGAAGCCUACUGUCAAAUUCUGGGGUAAUUGUUAAAUUCUGCAAAAAACGUGAAAAAACUCAUUGUGAGAGUGCAUGUAUACAUACAUAUCAUGUUGUCAGACCCUGUGCAUAAAACCAGUAUGAGAGAUUGCCAUUUCAUGGAAAAAAGGUGACAGUUAUUAAAUUACUGGAACACUGCUGUUUUGAGUACAUCUUUUGCAGCAUGACUUUCCUAGGUCUAUUUAUGAUAUAUUUGAUGGUUCAUGUAACUCAAGUCCCACUACAAUCUUGAAUAUAAUGGCCUUAUUAAAUGUGCAUUUUUUUGUAGGCAUGGUCUUGAGUGCAAUAUUUCUGUUUCUGACUAUGCAGCCAGACUCACAGAAUACAGGGCUGAACUUGUACAGCUUUUCAUUUUUCAAAAUAUGAGGCAAUAAUGCACAUGUGAAAUACUGACAGAUUCAUUAGAAUCAUCUUUGAGUCUAAGGAACCUUAAAAAUUUGCCAUGAAAGUAUGUAUAAAUAUGUGUGUUUUCUAUACACAGUACUGAAAUUCAAAUUACACAAUCUUUUGCAGUAAUAUUAUUCUUUACAGGGUUAUUGGGGUUUUGUUCUUCUAAAUCCUUUCAAUUUAUUGAAAAAUUAAAUUCAAACCAUUUGAAUAUUUUCUUUUUUUGCCAACAAAUUGUAAUAUUUUUGCUAAGAGUUAUGAAGCUCUUGGACCAGACUCUCUAAAUAUUUGAUGCCAUAUAAGUAAUAUGAUUUCAUUUAGCCUCAUCUCUAGCACUAACAGUUGUUGGAUUAUUUUAGCACUUUUUCAGUGUAAAAUUAAAUACAAAGUAUAUAUACAUGUGUGUAUAUAUGUGUACACAUACAUAGUGUAUGUGUGUGUAUAUAUGUAUGGAUUCUUAGCAGAUUCUUUCAAUACAUGUGAAGUAAAUUAUAUUUCUUGAAUGUGAAUUUGAUAGGAGCUAAUAUAAUGAUUCCUGCAUCUCCAGCAGUAAAAUGAAGCAGUUUUCGUUCCACAGAUCCAAUAUCAGUCUUGCAAACAUAAAUAGUAUUUGUCAGUCAUUUUAGACAUAGGAUGGCAAAAAAGACAGAGCCAUUUCUACCAGUGUAAUAAAUACUUUGAGCCACCAGUUGUAGAUUCUGAGGGUAGGGAUCUCAGCUCAGGGUAGCUGGAGAAUUAUGCUGUAUUAUAGUAGGGAUCAUUUUAGUCUGAGUAACUUGCUCCAGGUGAGUCUUUGAAGUCAUUGCAAUCAUAUUCUCUGUUUAACAGAAAACUUCUAAAAAUAAAUCAUAGAGUCAUAAAACCAUUUAGGCUGGAGAAGACCAUUAAGAUGACUGAGUCCAACCAUUGAACAAAUGUUUCUCUGUAAGUUCAAAAGCAUGGCCUAUUUGAUUACAGGACCAUCAAUUACUUCCAGCUCCAGGUCAAGAGAAAAAGGUGAAGGCAAAAUGAAAAUACUGCACAUUUUUUUCAGGUUAACCUAAGGGCACAUUUCUUCAGAGUAAACACUUGAACUGCAUGUGCUGGGAAGGGAGAUGAGAAAGGACUAACAGCUUUUGUGAUGCAAGCUCUCAGUCCUAAAAUAGCUUACAAGCACUAGCUGUCUCUGAAAAACUUGAAUAAAACUGUUCAUGGUGCAUAAAGUUAAACCUUGCAUGAAGCUAGUAUGGGCUGAGAGUCAUAUUUAAAAUGAGAUCUAUUUCAGUUAAAGUUGAAAAGAAUGGAGAGCUAACUAACUAUCUGGAUAGUGUAUUUAUCUUGGUUAGAAACACAGACUUACUGAAUUUGAUACCUAAAGCAAGACACCCAUAUGACAUCUCCUUGCACUGCAGUUUGAUGCACCAGCCCCUUUGCUAAUGUAAGCAGAGGGAACUCCAUGGAAAUGACUGGGUUGGUUCCCAUUUACCUCAGCAGAGAAUGCUGAGCACUAAAGAGCAGAGAAAAUACUUGCUUUCUGCCAAUAUCCCAGGAGGACUGAGGGAAAUGUAUGGUUCAGGGUGCUGCUUUUGCAUAAGGUGUUCAUGCUUUUGUAAACAUUAAAAAUAAACAUUACUUUUUUCAUGCUGUUUGAGUUUGGUUUUAUACAUUCCAUAGCAUGCUCUUCUGUGUCCCAUCUUGCCCCAAGAUGCCUGCUAAUUUUAGUGUUGUGCAGAUCGUGUGAUGUAGUCUGUUUUGUUGCCCAAAGUUUGAAAAAAGCAUUUUUGUGACACAUCCUCCCAUUUUAAGGUAACAGGAACUUCCUAAUUUUGAAGAUUAUCCCAGGAUAAUAGUGGAGUGGCUUUGAAAUUGCCCUUGAGGAACUGACUGAAAAUAGGAUGCCCACUUAAACAAAAAAAAUCCCCUAAGUUUCCUUAUUUGGUCUUGGAAAUGUUAGCAAUUAGGAAUACAAUUAGCCAUGAAGUUUAGCUUUUGCUGGACACUGUGAUGUUAAUAAGAUCUCAUCCCAGAGAAUCUGGGGCACUUUUGGCAUUAGGUGCAAUUCAUGGUUACAACGUGCUGGGUACAGUAAGUUCCUCCAUUGUCUGGCAAGUAUGAUCUCUGUAAUCAACCUUAUAAUAUCUAGUUCCACCCAUGUUGCAUUCCUAGAACCUCAGUGCACAUAGCUACUCCAGAUGUCAAGUAGUAGAGAAUCAAGUCUGCCAUCAUAGCAAAAUAUGGUGUGGUCAAUUAUGUCUUGCACAAUUCUCAGCUAUUGCUUCAAUCCACUGCUUACAUCCUCCCUGGAAUCAGAAAAUACAGCAAGUGUUCAGAACAAGAUUUGUCCCUUAGAUGAUUAACAUGUGCUGGGGUGGGCUCUCUCUGCAGGCAUCUUUCUCGUGCCUAUUCCCCACCAGUAACUGAAAAUAAGAAUGUGAUCGAAUCAGAUUCAUUGGUUGAUUGGAUAGAAUAGACUGGAUCCUCUGAUGUUCAAUUUUCUUUUUUGUAUCACUUGCUUCUUAACAUCUGGGAGAUUGGGGUGCAGUGGGGGAAGGGUUUUAUUACCUGUUUUGCUCAGCUCAAAGCACUGGGUGAUUAUGGGCUACUCUCAGACACACACGUCAAGAAUGUACUCGAAGACAGCUUUGAAGGCAGUGCCUUUUAUGGACUGAUGGCUUUCAGCGUCUUUUUAUGCUUGGGACUUCUAGGUCACCUCAUGAAUGCAGGCACACUUUGCUUUGACUGCCUGACAUGUCAGUGACAUCGCAUUUGGCUUCGUGACACAGAUACUUAUUGAUGGCUAAGCUUAUGUCUCUUGAUUAUCCAGGCCCUGAUUAGUGCACACUAUAAAACAGUGCUGGCAGCUCCUGCCGGAGCUCCACACAGUCAGUGCUGCUUUGAGGUGAAAAAGCUAUUUGCAUUUUGAUUCAGUAGGUGGGAAUUGAUACAAGCUCAUAUGGCAUCACUGCUAUCUGUCAAAUCAAUAUCAGGUAGGUUUUAGUCUGCUAAACAAAAAGAAAUAUUGGAUUUUUGAAAUAAUACAAAGUGUUUUCUGUCCCUGUCUUUAGCUAGAGAGCUAUUGUUCUUGCAGUGGUAUAACCUUAAUUUGUUUGACGAGGAAACCACUAUUAUGGUAGUAUUUUUUGGAGUGUAUUAAUGAGAAAACUAGGGAAAUACAAGAAACAACUUGGGCCAAAAGCUAGAAAACAUGAGGUGAUUGCUCCUCUAGAUUUUUUGCUGUUCCCCCUAGAUAUUGCAGGAGUUAAAUGACUUCUCUAUAACUGUUGCAGCUUUGUAUUCAUUACAGAUGCUGUAACGGUAUACAAAUAGUGUGUAAGUACAUUCUGAAGUACAUAAAAGUUUGCUUUGUCUUAAAUGACAAUCAAGAGAGUGAUUUAUCAAACUACAAAUGCUUGGAAUGAAAGUAACGACAAACAUCAUGCUCCUGCAUUGGCAGGACUCACUCUGUAUUUUCUCAUUAAUAAUCUUCAGAGCUUCUGAGUAGCUUCUUGCAGAAGCACCAAGCCUUCCAAAGCUGAAAAUUGCUGUAUAACUGCUAAAAACCUAUCUUUGCAAAGCAUUUCUUACUGCUUUGUUUCUUUUUUGUACAUGUAUCUUCAGGUCAGGUGCUUGCUUGCUAAAUAAUUCCAGAGCGGGAUGUAUGUCACAGAAAGAUCUUGUAGUAGCUGCAAGUGAGUAAAAUGUUACAAUAAACUUUGGGAUGUUUUACAGUCAA